AGAACCCAGACUCGGCACGGGUAAAACGAUAAGACGCCGUGGUGGACUCUGUGGUAACCAUUGCUUGGCGUGCGUGGUUCUUUCUCGCUUCUCCGUGUGGUGCUCGUACUGGGCUCCGUGUUUGUGUAUUACCAGCCCGACCAUGGGAUGAGGCAAGUGGGCGCUCGCAGGGGGGCGGAGAUGGGCGGGUUGCUACGGAGGAGAAGCCCAGUGGCCUGUCGGCUGAUCGCCUCCUAACUACACGACGGGAAGAUCGUUUUGCCUCCCCGAAGAGAGGAAAUUGCCCACCCCUUAGCCCUGAAUCCAAUAUAAGUGUGGCGCCAUGCCAUUCGGGUGCAUCACCGCUCGGAGUGACAAAUCCUACAACUGCUUCUCUGACAUCACAGACAAGUAUGACAUCGGGGAGCUCCUGUGCGCGAAGGAAUUCUGUGAGAUCUGCCUGGCGCGCGAGAUACCGACCGACCGACUCUUCCUCUGUAAGAAAUUCCUGAAGAAGGACGGACGCAAAGUGCGCAGAGCGGCCAAGAACGAGAUCAGCAUCCUGAAACUG